AUGGGUGAUAUCCGUUCCGAGGACACUACAACUGUUGUGAUCAGCGAGGCACCUACAACUACCCUCGCUGAAGUAUCUACCUCUGCCGCCCUCACCGUGGAUGAAGGUACUACUAUCAAGCUGCUCACCACGGUCGCCGAGGAGUCUAUAACUACUUCGGUUGCUGAGGCCACUACAGCUUCAUUCCUCCCAAUGAUAACAAAACGUGUUACCUUUCGUACCGACAAUGACGAGACCCUGGAGACCUGGCUUCAAACCUACAAUACAAACAACCACCUAACCAGCGACAAAUCCAUCGCCUUGGGCCAUUAA